AAUUAGCAUACAAUUUAUCACUCCUUAUGUAACUCUCACUUUUUUUUUUAUUUCUGAUUCUUUAAUUGUAAUUUCGGUUUACUUUUGAAAUUUAGUGGUAAACAUCCCAACUAAAGACACAUUUUCAUGGGAAACUACUCAUACUAGAAUCUCUGAACUCCAGCGAGAAAACGAACAUUAUUUGGACCGUCAGUCAUAGAUCUAAGGAAAGAGAUCCUAAAAACAAUGGUUGUUAAUUCUACUAGACUGUAGACUCUACGAGUAAGCAACAAUAUUUCUGUUAGUCCCAAACCAGUUUUCCAUCUUUAUAUAGUACUAUACUGCUAUAAAACUGCAGUUCUAGCUAUCAGUCAGAAACAUCUAUAUCUCCCCAAACUCCACGAAAUCAUGGUUUGUUUUUCUUCCUUGAUGUUGUUAGUGGUGGCUAUACUAGCUACUAGUCUUGUAGCAGUAAUCUCUGCUGCUGGAAAUUUCUACCAAGAUGCCGAGGUGACUUGGGGAGAUGGUCGGGGUAAGAUACUCAACAACGGACAGCUUCUCACGCUUUCCUUGGACAAAACCUCUGGCUCCGGUUUUCAGUCGAGGAAUGAAUAUCUUUUUGGAAAAAUUGAUAUGCAGCUUAAACUUGUCCCUGGGAAUUCAGCUGGCACGGUCACGGCCUAUUAUUUAUCGUCGCAAAGACCAAUGCACGAUGAAAUUGAUUUUGAGUUCUUGGGGAAUUUGAGUGGAGAUCCUUACAUUCUACAUACAAAUGUUUUCACCCAAGGCAAAGGUAACAGAGAGCAACAAUUCUAUCUAUGGUUCGACCCUACAGCCGAUUUCCACACUUACUCUAUCCUAUGGAAUCCUCAAUGCAUCAUCUUCUCUGUGGAUGGAAUGCCAAUUAGAGAAUUUAAGAACUUAGAAUUCAUUGGUGUCCCGUUUCCUAAAAAUCAACCCACGAGGAUAUACUCAAGUCUCUGGGACGCUGAAAACUGGGCAACAAGAGGUGGAUUCAUAAAGACGGACUGGUCGAGCGCACCCUUCACAGCCUCAUACCAGAAUUUCAAUGCCAACAAUGCCUGUGUUUCAUACUCUCCAGGUUUUACUUCCUGUAGUUCAUCAGGGUCUACUUCUUCCUUCAAUAGAGCGUUGCUUUUGCAAGAGUUGGAUUCAACAAGUCUAGGGAGAAUGAAGUGGGUGCAGGAAAAUUACAUGAUCUACAGUUACUGCACUGACACGAAUAGAUACUCUCAAGGGAUCCCUCCUGAAUGUGCUUACUCCAACCUCAACUUCUAGACAGAUUGAUUUUUAGUUCUUUGUUGGUUUAAAACAUCUGAAAAUUUGAUCGCUUUUAUACUUCUUUAGCUUCAGAGAA